AUGGCGCGCAUGUCUCCUUCUGUGUCCCCAGCGAGAUCCUUCGCCGAGAACGAAAACAGGCAAAAAAACCUCCAGGAUCCCAACUCGACGGGCCGUACGCCCGUCAGUGGCUCGCUCUACGUCGGCACUGACUUGGACCGCGAAGAAACGCAGCAGGGUGCCAACGUCAUCGGUGACGGCGACUUCCAGAGGUUCAUCUUCGGUUUCACUAUCGUAGCACAGAUGGUGCUACUAUGCCACAGCAACGUACUGGCUCUGAUCACGGAUCCCGUCGACCACUGGUGCAAGCCGCCGCCCGACUACGCCGGCAUGUCAGCCGCCCAGUGGAAGAACGUCGGCAUCCCUGUUGACGAAGCGGGCCGCUUCAGCCAGUGUAGAGCAUACGUGCGCCCCGGUGCCGCCCCUAACGACACGGAGACCAUGCCGUGCGACUCCUGGGACUACGACCCGGUCGAGGCGCGUAGGAGCGCCCGCAGCUACUGGGACCUCGUGUGCCAACGCAGCUGGCUUCUACCCCUGGGCAAUGGCGUCUUCAUGAGUGGCGCGCUCAUAGUGGUUCCGUUCAUGGGCUAUCUGGCUGACACAAAGGGGCGCAAGCCGGUAAUCGUGCUGUCGUCGUUCGUGCUCCUGGCAAGCGCCAUCGCGAGCUGCUUCGCCGACGCGUACCCCGCUUACCUAGCACUAAUAUUCGUCAACUCGGCCUGCGCCAGCACCGUCCACAUUGUCACCGUGAUCCUCCUGUUUGAGGUGUCACCCGUGCAGUACCGCACCUUCUACACGGGUCUCAGCAGCUCUCUGGGCGUCGUGCUCGUUGAGUUGCUAUUCGUUGUCGUCACCGCCGUCCGCAUCGCCUGGUUCCCGCUUCAGCUGCUGAUUGUGGCGCCCACCCUGCUGCUUCUAUCAGUCACGUUCACCGUCUACGAAUCACCCAUGUGGCUUCUGGCCAUGUCUAGGCUGAAGGAGGCCGAGAGAGUCAUCUACAUCGCUGCAAAGGUGAAUGGCGUGUCCCGAAUCCACACCAAGCAGGCCCUCGAUCGUAUCAAGUUCGAGAUGAACAAAGCGAGUGUACCGCAGGAGGCGCUGGCGCCCGCAGCACUGCUGUACCGCGGCUCACUGCGCGGCAGGGCUGCCGUGGUGUGCGUUACCACGUUCAUCGUCAUGCUGGCCUACUAUUCGCUCACCUGGAGCCGUCGACUGGGCGGAGGCAGUAACCUGGUGGUGCGCGUCGUUUACGUGGUGGCCCUUGUUCCCACCUACGGUGCCAUGUACGCUGCUCUCAACACCCUGGGUCGCCUGCAGCUUAUGCUGCUGCUCUUCGCACUUCUGGGUGGAGUCUCUGGGCUCUACGGUGUCGCCACGUAUGCCGAACCGCGGGAAGUAGGGUAUGCGCUUGCCAUAGCGGCCAAGUUGGUGGCGAGCGCCACAGUUCCCUCCAACUACCUGUACAUGGCCGAGUUGUUCCCGUCGUCGGUGCGCAGUGCCGUCAUGUGUGGCGCGUACACGUUCGGCCGCGUCGGCGCCGUGUUCGCCUCUGCGCUUGCCCCCGUGAAAGAUGUCGGUCGCGAGGACUUGAGCUUCGCGUUCCUGGCGACAGUGGUCUUCGGAGGCCUUGUGGCGUUACUGAGCUUGCCUGAGACGACGGUUGGUGGCGCCGCGGACGUGUCCAUCACCAAGAUGGACGGCAACCGCAGAGACCUCCUGGACGUCAUGCAGAAUACGCUGAUGCCCAGGUGCAAAAAGAGGAAAACGACACGUAGGCCAGCGAACGUCGCGCCGACAGUGGACCCUGGAGCCCCAGCAACUUGA